AUGGCUAGCGUCUCGGCGAGGGUCAAGAUGCCCGACAUUGUUGACCUGACGAAGCGUCAAUCGGCGUACCAGCCGCUGAGUGGAGCGCGGAAGCUGGUCAUCAAGAACGUGCGCAGUCCCGUCCACCAUGAAGCCCGGAUCAAGGAGUACUAUGCGCGGACGGAGCGGGAACUGGACGGAGCACUGGACGCAAUCUUCAACAGCCGGACUCCGGCCAUUCCGCUUGAGCGUCUCUACCGCGGCGUCGAAGACAUGUGCCGAAAGGGAAACGCCGAUACAGUGUACAGGACGCUCAAGGACAAGGUGGAUGGCCAUCUGAAGAAUGUGGUUCUCCCCAAGAUACAGAGCGCGGCCAGGAUAUCCAGUCUUGAUGUUCUGAGGAGCACGCUAGCGGAAUGGAAGACGUGGAAUGCUCAGACGAUCCUCGUCAGAUCGACUUUUAGCUAUCUGGACCGCACAUAUCUGCUUCUCAAGUCUUUGCCAUCCAUAAACGACAUGGCUAUUACGAGAUUCUGCCGAAUGGCCUUUUCAUCGCAAAAUGCAGAGCCUAGCCCAAACAUUGGUGCCUUUCUUAUUUCCGCAAUAUGCGAGUUGAUCAACUUUGAUCGCCGGGGAGACAAUCGGAAAGAUUCCGAGCUGCUCAAAGAUUCUAUCAUGAUGCUCUAUGUGUUGGGAGUAUACACAAAACAUUUCGAGCCCGUAUACCUACAGCAAUCCGAAGCAUAUUUUAGAGAAUUUGGAGAAACUUGCAGCCCACUGAGCCUCAAAGAGUACAUCGAAGCCUGUGAGCGACUCCUGGAGCGUGAGGAUUACCGAUGCAUGGCGUACAACUUGGACAGUACAACAGAGAGGCAGUCAAUGUCAUUGGCGCAUAUCAUCCUCAUUGAUAAAUACUCGGAUAAGCUCCUUCAUGGAGGAAGUCUGUCAAAUCUGUUAACUGAUCGAGAUGUAAAGUCUCUGAAGGGAUUAUAUGACCUUCUCCGGCUAUCAGGAAUACAAAAGAAGCUCAAGACACCGUGGAGCGACUAUAUUCGCGAAACGGGGGCUUCAAUAGUGUCCGACAAGAACAGAGGCGACGAGAUGGUGAUUCGCCUCUUGGAUCUCCGGCGAGCGCUGGACCUGACCAUUCGCGAUGCAUUCAGCAAAGACGAAGAUUUCCUCUGGGGAAUGCGCGAGUCAUUUGGCAAGUUCAUGAAUGACCGGAAGAUUGCCGAUUGCUGGUCUUCAGGCACAUCGAAGAUCGGUGAGAUGACGGCGAAGCACAUCGAUAUGCUACUUCGUGGUGGCAUAAGAGCACUUCCCAAGGAGCUUCUGUCCGACGUCAAAGAUCGAGCUGCGGCAGAGAAAGCAGGACAUGCCAGCAGCGCAGAUGAGGACGCUGAAUUGGACAGGCAGCUGGAUCAAGCUCUCGAACUUUUCCGAUUCAUCGAGGGCAAGGACGCCUUUGAGGCCUUUUACAAGAAAGACUUGGCUCGUCGCCUUCUCAUGGGUCGCAGUGCUAGUCAAGAUGCUGAACGGAAUAUGCUCACCAAGUUGCGGGGAGAGUGUGGCUCCAACUUCACCCACAACCUGGAGCAGAUGUUCAAAGACCAAGAGCUCGCCAAAGAUGAGAUGGAGGCUUACAAGGAGUGGUGCGAGGGCAACCCUGACCGCAUUGGCAAAGUGGAUCUGCAAGUGAUGAUCCUUUCAGCUGCUGCAUGGCCGACAUAUCCCGACGUUAGGCUGAAUCUGCCUGAUGAGGUGGCCAAACGCACCGAGCAGUUCGAAAGACAUUACAAAAACAAGCACACAGGCCGAGUAUUGACAUGGAAGCACUCGCUCGCGCACUGUUCUGUCAAGGCAACCUUCCCUAAGGGGGCAAAGGAGCUCUUGGUGUCCGCAUUCCAGGCUGCUGUGCUUUUGCUCUUCAACGAUGUCGCUGCAGAUGGAUUCUUGGCGUAUGAGCAAAUCUCGGCGGCCACCGGCCUCCAGGGAGGCGAUUUGGAUCGAACACUCCAGUCACUAGCCUGCGGAAAGGCGCGUGUUCUGACAAAGCAUCCAAAGGGCCGUGAUGUGAAUCCCACAGACACAUUUACUUUUAACAAGGCCUUUACCGACCCCAAGUAUCGUGUCAAGAUCAACCAGAUUCAGUUAAAGGAGACCAAGGAAGAAAACAAAGCCACACACGAAAAGAUUGCCCAAGAUAGGCGCUUCGAGACCCAAGCAGCGAUUGUGCGCAUCAUGAAGAGCCGCAAGACAAUGGGCCACGCUGAACUGGUGGCCGAAGUCAUCAAUUUGACCAAGUCGAGAGGCAGUGUGGAGCCAGCCGCUAUUAAGAAGGAGAUUGAGAGUUUAAUUGAGAAGGAUUAUCUUGAGAGAGAGGAAAACUCUUACACUUACUUGGCAUAA